AUGUCUUCUGCCGAUGAUAAUAUAAAAAUUCGAGCUGUUGUUUUAGGAGGGUGCGGCUUUAUUGGCCGCAAUUUGGUGGAGUACCUCAUAAAUAAUGACCUUGUCACGGUGCUACGAGUGGUGGACAAGACUCCGCCGCAACUUGCUUUCCUCAAUCCCUCUCACACAAAAUGUUUUGAAGAUCCUCGUGUCGAAUAUAAGAGUGCUAAUUUAAUAAAUCCCGCAUCAUGCGCGUCAGCUCUAGAACCGGAUGGGGGCCAAUGGGAUCUGGUGGUAAACUGCGCAGGUGAAACAAGGGUUGAAAAGACUGAAGCAGUCUACUCGGAAGGUAUAUUCACCCUCAGUGUCAAUGUUGCCAAGCAGUGUGCGAAAGUGAAAGUCAAACGCCUUAUUGAAAUAUCUAGUGGACAAAUGUACAGCAGUGAUAAGCCCCACAAAGAAGACGGCCCUGUGGAUCCAUGGACAGUAGAAGGACGAAUGAAGAGCAAAGUUGAGCAGGAAUUAAAGAAAUUGGAGAGCGAACUCAACUACACUAUCCUAAGACCUGCUAUUGUCUAUGGCGUAGGAGAUAGGCGGAGUCUCACACCCCGUCUAUUAUACGGUGGAAUCUACAAACACCUAGGUGAAACGAUGAAGCUUCUAUGGACGGCUGACCUCAAAAUGAACACCGUACACGUCCGAGAUCUCUGUCGAGCAAUAUGGAAAUUAUCCAGCUCGCCCGAAGCCCAGGGGCAAACGUACAACGUGGUGGACGAAGCCAACAGCUCCCAAGGCAGAUUGGCGGAGAUGGUCGCCGAGAUAUUCAAGAUAAAUCACGAUUAUUACGGAAAGGCCAUAUCUUCACUGGCCAAGAACGACAUAGCCUCGGUGGCGGAAGAGGCCAACGUGAAGCAUCUGACGGCGUGGGCGGAGAUCUGCCGAAAGUACAACCUGGAGCACUCCCCCUUGGAGCCAUUCGCCAGCACCGAGCUGCUGCUCAACAAGCAGCUGUGUCUCGACGGCUCCAAGCUUCGGGACCUGCUCCCGCUGGAAGCGCCCGAGCCCACGGUCGACCGACUGCUGGAGGUGUUGCAGGACUACGCUUCCAUGAACCUGUUCCCGAAGGAGCUGCUCGUAUGA